AUGGUUCAAAAUGGCUUGCUGGUCUCAGUUGGAGGCCCGGGAGGGGGGGCAGGGGAGGCGGGUUGGUCACCCCAGCCCAAGAGACAGCUGCAGAGGGAGGGAGAGAGGGGCUCUGCACCCCUGGAUGUUGCAGGGCCAUGGAGGUGUGAACUGGCUCUCCCCACCCUCCUCCCGGACCAAGCCUCGCCAGCUCCUUGGACGGAUGGAACCUCUGGUAAAGAGGACCAAGAUGAUUUCUUGCCCUUGCCUUCUUCCUGCUGUCUCCCGAGAGUCCUGAACUUGACACAGGCACUCACGGGCAGCACCGCACUGGUCCACGGUGCACCUGCACACAUGUGCACUCAUGGCCCCUCCAGAAGCAGAGCCACAGUGGGGGCGUGGCCUGGAGCACCCCUGCGUGUGCAUGCCUUGCUGGCCGGGAAUGAACCUGAGGAUCCACGCGCCCCCUCCCAGGGGCUGGAGCCAGGGUCAAGUUCAGGAUGGUGCUGCCUCUCUAGCACUCCUGUCCAGCAUUUCCCGAGCAUUCCUUUCGUGCUGGAUGGCCAUCGUCGUCCCUUACAGCCAGGUAUCUCAGCAGCCUCCAAAGGGGAAACAUCCCGGAGCAUCUAACAAAAGAAAGUUGGAUGGGUUUUCAGACUUUUUUUUAAACCCUGAAGAAUAGGCCUUUGUUGCCAACUCCCCUCCUGUGGCAGCCUGCCUGGUCCCUGGACUCCCCCUGGGCUGGGGGCAGGACCAGGCAGCCCCAGCGGCCCCCACCCUGCUGGGCUGAACCUCCAGACCUCACCUGCCAGCGUCUCCUCCGAUUGCAGAGGUUCCCCGCACUCCCCCCCCUCCCGCCGCCAUGCCGGCUGUGGGCAGGGCCACUGGAGUGGGUCCUAGAAACGUCCCAUCCUCUGCCUUUGGUGCCCCACCUCACCUGGCCAGAUCCCGACAGCCUUCCCUUGGUAGGCAUCAUUGCCAACCUGGAGCCACAGCCAGGCUGGUGAUGAGGGGCGACCUCUGAUUGCCCAAAGCCCCUGCGUUCCUGGCUCCCCACUGUCCCCACCGGGUCUAGGCCUGUCACUCUCAUCUUUGCUGAAGCUGUUUUCUCCACCUAUAAUCCUUUUCCCUGCUCCUGGCUUCCUAGCAAAUUUCUAUGGAAAUUUUAAGACUUAGCUGGCAUGGGGCGGGGGGUUGCUGGAUGGCUGUCAGUUAAGUGUCUGACUU